UGCACAGCCAUAACUCUCGGGAAGCCAGCUGCCAGGGCUGUGGCGCAGGCCCCUCUGGGUGGGAGGCAAGGGGAGAAAAAAAAGUGUUUGGCCAAAAUUCCCUUUUAGACACCUGAGCCUGGCUUUGUAAUUGGACAGUUUUGCGUCUUCUCCCCCAAUCCUGUCUUCCCUGGGGAGACCCCUGGGGCCCUUCUUGCUCUCCACCCUUGGAGGGGGCUCAGGGACAUCUCAGGAUUCUGAUGAUUGCUUGCUCUGCGACUCCCUGCGUGCGCGGCUGGGCUCGGCUGCGCUGCGGCUGGCUGGCGUUUGGCGCUCUCAUCCAGCGCUUCGCUUUGAAAUCUACCCCCUCCUUUUUUUUUUUUUUUUUUAAACCAGGUAUGAUGAUGUCAAACGUGAUGCUGAUGCUACAGUUACAGACACAGCCCCUGCUGGCGCAGCCUCUCUGAUUCUCUCUCCCUCUCCGCGUCCAGCGCUGGGCUUUUUCAGACAAGUGCAUCUCCUAACCAGGUCACAUUUCAGCCGCGACCCACCAGCCGUCAGUCACUGGAGACAGACCGCAGGAGGAGGGCUGAGGAAGACGGCAGCGUCUGCUUCGCCAACAGCGGGGUGGCAGGAAGGACAUUAAAAUAUUGCAGAAGUCGAAACCUUCCAGGGCCAAUCCAGACCACGAUGCGCGCCCCGGGCUGCGGGCGGCUGGCGCUGCCGCUGCUGCUCCUCGCCGCAGCCGCCCUGGCUGAAGGCGACGCCAAAGGGCACAAGGAGGGCGAGACCCCCGGCAAUUUCAUGGAGGACGAGCAAUGGCUGUCGUCCAUCUCUCAGUACAGCGGCAAGAUCAAGCACUGGAACCGCUUCCGAGACGAGGUGGAGGAUGACUACAUCAAGAGCUGGGAGGACAAUCAGCAAGGAGAUGAAGCUCUGGACACCACUAAGGACCCCUGCCAGAAGGUGAAGUGCAGCCGCCACAAGGUGUGCGUCGCCCAGGGCUACCAGCGCGCCAUGUGCAUCAGCCGCAAGAAGCUGGAGCACAGGAUCAAGCAGCCCGCCUUGAAAUUCCAUGGAAACAGAGACUCCAACUGUAAACCCUGCCACAUGGCCCAGCUCGCCUCCGUCUGUGGCUCUGAUGGUCACACUUACAGCUCGGUGUGUAAGCUGGAGCAGCAGGCAUGCCUGAGCAGCAAGCAGCUGACGGUGAGGUGUGAGGGCCCUUGCCCCUGCCCCACGGAGCAGGCCGCCGCCGCCGAUGGCAAACCAGAGGCCUGCACGGGUCAGGACCUAGCCGACCUGGGAGAUCGGCUGCGGGACUGGUUCCAGCUCCUUCAUGAGAACUCCAAGCAGAACGGCUCAGCCAGCAGCGCCGCCAGCCCGGCCAGUGGGCUGGACAAGAGCCUCGUGGCCAGCUGCAAAGACUCCAUCGGCUGGAUGUUCACCAAACUGGACACCAGUGCCGACCUCUUCCUGGACCAGACGGAGCUGGCCGCCAUCAACCUGGACAAGUACGAGGUCUGCAUCCGCCCCUUCUUCAACUCCUGCGACACCUACAAGGACGGCCGGGUCUCCACUGCCGAGUGGUGCUUCUGCUUCUGGAGGGAGAAGCCCCCCUGCCUGGCGGAGCUGGAGCGCAUCCAGAUCCAGGAGGCCGCCAAGAAGAAGACAGGCGGCUUCAUCCCAAGCUGCGACGAGGACGGCUACUACCGGAAGAUGCAGUGCGACCAGAGGAGCGGCGACUGCUGGUGUGUGGACCAGCUGGGCCUGGAGCUGACGAGCACGCGCAUGCGCGGGAGCCCCGACUGCGACGACAUCGUGGGCUUCUCGGGGGACUUUGGGAGUGGUGUCGGCUGGGAGGAUGAGGAGGAGAAGGAGCCGGAGGAAGCGGGCGAGGAGACCGAGGAGGAGGAGGGCGAGGCGGACGACGGAGGCUACAUCUGGUAGACGCCCUCGGAGCCGAGGCGGGGCGCCAGCAGGGACCUGAGCGGAAGCGGGCGGCCUGGCGGAUGGAUCCGGAAAAUGCAGUCGGAAGGACCCUGGCUCGAACCGGAAGGACUGGACGUGUGAGUGUGCAUGGCGCGCGUGUGGCACGUGUGGCUGCGGCGGAUGAGUGUCUUGUGUGUGGCAUGCGCUGACAAACGUGUCCUUGGUCCACGCUGCUCCUGGCAGAGGGAGUCACCCAAAGGCCCCUUCGGCCUCCUUGUAGCUAUUUUCUUCCCAUUCGUUGUUGGUCUUAAAACACACACAUUCACACACAUACAGACGUCAGCAGGUUGAUGGAAUGAAUGAGAUGCCCUCUAGCCAUGUCCCCCAGCCCAGCCUAGCCCUGCCACCCUGGGUUCCAUUCCUACCCUGGUUCACCCAGCCCUGUCGCCCCCACCCUUGCUGCCCUCCCCAUCUCCCAUUAGGGUCAGGCUCUGGCCUGUGGGCCUGUCCCCAUGGCAGAGAGGAGGGAGGCCAGGGAGCUGUCUACUGGCUGGGGAUUGGGCCGAUUUGGUGUGACGCCCCCGCCAGCUUCAGAUGAGAUGAGCCAGGACACCCGGCCACAGCCAGCCCCAUUCCUUUGCCAAAUCCCCAAGCACUACAGAAACUCUCCUAACUCAGGCCAGAGGGACCGAAGGUGGCCGAGAAGGAGCUGGGGCAGAAGCGGAGAGGCAGGGCAGGAGACUGGUUAUCCAUUGGUGCGGGAGGGGAGCAGGGGAAUCUGCAGUUGCAGAUCCUGGGAGAGCUCCUAGGAGUGGAGAUGGGCAGCCCUGAAUGCCAAGCCUGGAACAGCUGGCCCCUUUCUGUGGGUCUCAUGUGUGGCUCUGGUCUGGGCAGCUCUCUUGGGGACAGUGGGUGGGUGGUUUUGCAAGUGAGCUCUGCCUGGCUACCUCUCAGUGGCCCUGGGGGUGCUGCUUCUUCCUUGAUCUCCCUUGCUGGGGUCCCCUUCUCCACCCCAGGGAGCCUGAGGACCAGGCUGAGGGGUCUCAGCCAGGGGUUUGUGUGUGCCCACCUCCUCCCUGACCCCCUAACGCAGGCUCCCCAUCUGCCCAGACUGAUAGAAAGACUUGUCCCUGAGGCCCUACAAAGGAGAAGCUGCUAGAAGCUGCUGGAAGCUGCAGCCUUCCUACCCUGAGACCAACUUUUCUGCUCAAGGGAGAGGCACGCUUGGGACAUUCCCAGCCCCACUCCUCUCAGCCCCUGGGGUUCCCCUCUGCCCCCUCUGAGAGUCCCCUAGAGCUGCCCCAGUGGGAGUCAUAGUGUGUAGAAGUUGUCAGAGGGGACAGGAGCGGUGCAGCCAGGCUCUGAGGCCACACCUCCCUGUUAGCCCAAGUCUCCCGACCAGGUGGAAGCUAAUUUUACCAGAUGAGAUGUUGGGUGGGUUUUGUUUGCUUGUUGUUGUUUUCCCUAAUCUGUCCAGUUCUCCCCAUUGAAGCAAAUUCCUCAACACCUUUGGUGAAGAAUUUCUUACCCAGACUUGGGCCUGUGAUAUUCUUCGGUGCAUGGUGAGUGCAGUGUGUGUGUGUGUGUGUGUGUGUGUGUGUGUGUGUGUGUGCAUGUAUGUAUGUGGGCGUGUGUGUGCAACCUGGGGGGCCAUCCAGGUGGCCGGGGAGUGUGAGGAGUGCCCUGUGCGCUGGGUGGCCUGUGGGAUGCCGGGUCAAUGUGGGGAGGCUCCCGCCCGGCUCUCCCAGCCCCUCCCUGCACCCUCAGAGCCCUGCUGACUUCACAGAGGAGCCUCACCCUGUCCGCCCCGUCCUCCACCCUGGAAGCAACGCCGUCCAAGUCCUUCCUGGGGAAAUAGCAAAACUCUGUGAGCCCCGUAAACUGCUUCCCAUUCCGCAGCACAGUUCUGAUCGUUGAGGUGUCACGCUGUUCCAGAUCCCCUGGUCCCUUUCUUCCUCCUGUCCCUCUUCUGUCCUCCACUGCCUUCCUCUGGCCCCUGGCUCAGUUCAGGGAGAUGCUGUCCCACCUCAGCCCUCUGCUGUCCAUGUAGGGUAGCUGCAGCCGCUACUUGACUUGGAGCUACUUGAAACUUCCUGCUCGAGCUAGGAUGGGAGUCUGUCUCUUCCCUCUGCCCCAGCUGGGCUUCCGGAACUGCCCUUCUGGGGGCUGCUGUUGAGGAUGUUGGGGGGCUUUGGGGGAGGGGGCUCAGAGGAAGGGGCGUCCCCCUUCUCUUGCUGUUGCCCUCCACUCCCGGGGGGGGGGGCGUGUGCUCUCUGUGUCUCCCGGUCUUCUGGUUGUGCACGUUUGUCUGACCUUGUAAAUAUGUUUUAGGAGGAAAGCAAAAGGCGUUGAACUGGCCCCUGGCGGGACUGCAGGGUCCAGCCUUGCCUGUCUCUGAACCCCACACUGCUUUUCACCCCACUGAGACUGGGGUCCCCCCAGAGGUAGACAAAAGCGGCUGUCCCAGUGGGGCUGAAGGCCUCCAAGUGACUUCCUGUUAGACAAGCUGAAGGUUUCCUCGGGAGCAAGGUUGCAGGUUGGCCCUUCCUCAGCUCCUAGUGCCCAUGACCAAGCUGCCUGCCACCCAGCCCCACGUGCCCCCUCCCCCGAUGCCCUUGCUCCUUCCUGCCCUCUCCCUGGCUUAGGCAGGCAGGGGAAUUAGGGCUGCUCUGAGAGGGGCUCAACCAAAUUUUAAAAGGACAGUUUCUCGCCUGGCCCUGGAGCUGCCCUUGGCCCCGCCAUGCCCCGCGGCCCAUGGGUGCUGGGAGAGGUAAAUGUCUAAGAUUGGGUGCGUUAGGGGUGGAAAAAAUAAAUGUGCCUUGAGAGACCACUCAGAGAGGGGCCAAGGGUGAUGGAGACGGAGGCCUGGGGAGUGCAGGCAGGAGGCUAGAGGAUGAGAGCGGGACAGGUCUUGGUUGCCCCUGGGCUUCCACUAGGCUGCGACUGCACGUGGAGGUGGGCACCCUUGCUCCCUGCAGCCUGCCUGGUUUCCACGGGCGGGCCUCCCACUCGGCCCCACGAGCUCGUGUGCUUCCACCUUCACCCCGAGUGGGUGGGGACCAUUGGCACCCACGCGGAAGCCUCCUCUGCACCAAAGCCUACACCCUCAGCCCGAGGCAGAAGGAACGGCUGAUCUUUGACACCUGGGGUCAUCGCGAGGCUGCAGGCCAGCAGGAGCCCCAGGGAAGAGACACUGGGGUGCAAGAGGAGACUGGAGCCACCCUGAGGAAGUCCCAAGCAGAGCAAACUGCUUUCUAGCCUGAAGCCUAAACUGUGUGACGUGCAAUAACUGAGCUUAGAGUUAAGAAUUGUGUUCAAGUGCUUGGAUUUCCGUCUGUAGAUUUAAGUGCUGAAGUUGUAUCUCUCAGUAAUUUUAGAUGUCUUUAAAAAAAAAAUCGAAAAACAAAGUGUUAGACCAUGUGCGUGCGUCAAUGGGCACUCAAGCGUCCCUCGGGUCACCCACCUCACCCUUCUCCCCCCGCACCCUCACCCCUCACACCCCACCCCUGCCUCCACCUGGGGACCCCGCCUCGUGUUGUCUUUCUCUGCCUAUUACUCAGCCUAAGGAAACAAGUACACUCCAUACAUGCAUAAAGGAAAUCAAAUGUUAUUUUUAAGAAAAUGGAAAAUAAAAACUUUAUAAACACCA